AUGGAAUACAUUUCAAUUCUCUCUGAACAUGAACGGUUGGCCGAAGACAUUUUAACAAAUAAGCAAUUGAUUAUAGAUUAUGAUAGAACUAGAAAUACCAAUAGAGAAGCGUUAAAUAUUCUUAAGAAAGAACCUUUAAAAUCUCAAAAAAAAGUAUGGGUAAAUCUUGGCGAGUUCUUUAUCAAAUUGGAAAAAGAUAAUGUUAAAUCUUAUAUCGAAAAAGAAAUUUCUUCAUUAAGAGAUACAAUAAAACAAAAAACUACCGAAUUAGAAAAAUCAGAAACCGGCGAAAUUAGCAAAAUGAAAGGAUUUGAAUUACAAGGCAUUUCUGCUAGCGAUUUAUAUAAUAUUACUGGUGUAAAUAAAGAAUUUGAUGAAUAG